GGUCACCCUUCGCAUUCGUGCCGGGCUCCGUGGUGGACAGGAAAGUGAAGACUUACUGCUUCCCGUAGACCCGAAAGUUGUGGCCACAAUCGGCGACCUUUCCGAGCACCUCAGCAAACACGACUACAAUCUAUUUCCCAAGGGGAAUCUGCUCCCACCGCCGAGUUUGUUUCGGUGGAUGAAGAGACCGUUUGGAGGAGGCGAUGAGCAGGAGGUCGAACAUCAAGACCAUCACGGGAAUUUUGUCGAUACCCCCGACGAGGAUCGGUAUCGUCUAUGCUGGGCGGCCACCCCGUCGGACUGCGAUUCUGCUCCAGCGGGGAGCCCCGUUCCUCGUGCAGAUGCUGAUGACGAGGUGGGCGGGGAAACUACAACUAGUAGCCACGAAGAUGUCGUGUUGAAGGAGAGUGACGCAAUUGAUUUCGAAGAAUCUGAUGCCGUUCUCUACCAUUUGGUGAUCACCGACGAGCGGUCCUACGACAAGGCGAUCAUUCAGUACUUAAUGCGAUUCCCAUCAAGUGCGCAGGAGGAGGGAAGAAAUCUACGAGGACAAGCGGGGAAGAACCUCCGGACAAAUGAGGACGAGCUACGGGUGGAAAACCAGCAUGAUGAAGAUGUUGAGGACGUUGAAAUAACUGAAGACGAUCGGUUGCUCCGAUUGAUGUCGGAAGACGACCGGAAAAUCUAUUCCCGGUACCCAUCGAGAGUUUUGCGCAUGCAAAAGCUGCAGUGCUUGCUCCGUUCUGGCGUGCUUUCCAAAGUGGCGCUCCGCGAAAUGCUGUACGAUCAGGUCUACCUGGAGGGGAUCAUGACCGAGGAGGAGAAUCGUGAUGACUCCACGAGCGACGACGACGAACUGGUAGAGCUGCCACCCAUCCCGGCGCAGUUCACCGACGCGGUUCGCUGGUGCUUUCCCGGAAAGUGGGAACUGUGGUCGACGUGGAAUUUUCACUACGAGCGACACUGGGAUUUGGUGCAGCUGAUUCUGGAGCUGCCCGAAGCCGAGCGGCAAAAGCACGCAAAGCAGUCCGGUCAGCAGAUGUUCGAGAAACGCGAGCUCCAAGUGCUUGCCAUGAACGUCUUGAAGCACGUGCUGCUGAGCCACGACCCCGAAUGGAUUCCCGUAGGCCACGAUUUACGUGGUGACUUAUUCGGGCGUCCGGCUCGAGCAGGUCUUGGUGGACAACAGCAAGCAGAUGGUGCUGGCCAGCACGGCCCAGCAGGGAACUUUGGGUUGUUUGGACCUCCGCCGCCACCGGAGGACCCGCUGGUUGCCCCGACUACGCGGAGAACCCUAGUGACACUGAGGGAUGACUUACCCGAAAAGUACAAGCGAAUCCUGAUCCCCAAAAUCCUCGUGCCCGCCCUUGAACUCGCGAAAGAAGCCAACUUCCCGCUGGCAUCGUCGUCAGACGGAUUUCUUCCGUUCUUCGCGGACCAAGCGGCCAGCGUCUUUAUCUCGGAAUUUAAUCUACGGUUCCCGAAAGAACUGGACGAAUUGUGCUGGAGGGGGUUCUUCCGGGCAUUGUCUGCGCCGGAGCGGGAGACGUUUCUGAACCGUUUGUUUGCGGGACCACGCGAGCGAUACAGGAACAUUGAUCAUCCGGACGGUGCGCGAAUGGCGGGGCCCCUGUUCGGUACCGGUGGAUCGAUACCGGCGAGGUGGUUUCGAAUCGUGUCUGAUUGUGCAGCGCGACCCUAUGUGCUGCCGGAGCGACCGGCGCAGCGUCCUCGUGCUCCAGACCCCCUGCGAACGGAUUUUCGGGUCCCGAGGCCGAUGCCGGUGCGCGCGGAGCGGCAGGCGGAUGUGGAAGCGAGGGGGCGCUUUGCCGGCCGUCUCGCGGGAGGGCGGGGCAACGAGGGCGGGGGCGACGAGAACAACCAGGCGGGAGAAGAUCGAUUUACCUUCACGCACGUACUGGGUUUCAUGCUGGCCGGCGCACUGAUCUUUUUCUCUGCGCUGUUCUACAUACUGACGGCCAUGAUGCAGGAGGUGGUCAAAGCCGGGACAGAAAAGUGGAAAAAUGUAAUCAGUACGGCAGUGGAGCUGAAAACCACGGCUGUGAAAACUCUGACAGACUUCCCGCGAGCGGCGCUGAAGAAGGUCCUGAAGUUCUCCAGGCUCUGUUGCGGCUCCCUUGCGGAGAAAGGUUUUCGGAUGAUGGAGAGAAGGGUGGGCAAAAAAACGAAGGGGGUAUAAUUCGAACUCCUUGAAAUGCGCGCAGACCUGCUCGCCAUUUCCAACUUGAUUAUUCGUGAAUCGAAGUGACUCAGGUCCAGGUGCGUAGUUGUAAAGUUUGUUGAGAUUUUUGACAACCAUUUCUAUUACAUCUUUUCGUGCAGAAGCUGCUUCUGCAUACAGCCUGCUUCUAUCUUAAUAUUGCUAUUGGAUUUAUUCGCAUUCGCUUUCGCAUUCUAUCUUGAACUACAAGUGUUUCGCAAUUGCAUAUUGGUUCUGGUAUGCCCACCGUACUGGAAACUGAAGAAAUUCUCUUGUUAGCAACUUUCUGUUUCAAUCAAAACUGUACCUAUGUUGUUUGCUCUCUUAGCAGUUGGUCUUGAUAUUCAUUGCAAUCGAAAAAAUUAUGCGAGUUUCUGCAGAAUGUUUAAUAUCGAUAUCCUAGAGACAGUUUCUUAUUUGAAAGUGAACUACGUAUUUAGUUCGAAAGAAAAAGUAAAUGGACGCGUGCGAUACAUGGACGCUACCGCUAGAUAGGAUCCACGAGUUUAUUUCGCUCCCAGAAGAAAAACCUUGUCCUCGUGAUUCUGAUUUGAUGCGCCGCAAGAUUCCUUCUUUUGAAAAGUAGAGGGGGAGCAGCAACGUCAACGUGCUUG